CCAAACGACCGAUGUCUGCAAUGAAAUCAACAAGUGGGCUUUCAAAGUUAUUUCAGAGAACUUUCCUCGAAAAUUAUAAACAAAACCCAUUGCAAACAUGCUACAGAUGUCUUUCAUCAGCUGCACCAAACUCCAAACAAUCAUGGACUGAUAAAUACAAGACGAAAAAGAAAAAGAUACGAGAAAAAAGUGAGCAUGUGACAGUAAACCAACAUGCUGUGUUUGCAAACAAUGAGACAUCAUUAAAACAUAUCAAAGUUUAUGGUUUUGACUAUGAUUACACAUUAGCUUCUUACAAACAAGAACUACACAGUUUGAUCUUCCGUCUGGGAAAAGAUGCAUUAGUCCACAAGUAUAAGUACCCUAAAGAUAUACUCAAAUUUGAGUACAGUACAGAGUUUGCUGUACGUGGUCUCCACUAUGACAUUCGCAAGGGUCUACUGAUGAAAUUGGAUUCAUUUCAUAACAUACAACUUGGAACAGUUUACAGAGGAAUGCAGAAAGUCUCCGAUCAGGAAGUAAUAAACCUAUAUGAUGGAACCCAUGUGGCACUAGAAUCUAUGAACACAUUCUAUGGAUUGGGUCCAAUGUACCAGCUAGUUGACCUGUUUGCACCCCCUGAAAUGACAUUAUUAACCGAAGUUAUUGAGUAUUUCAGAGAAAAUGGCAUUCAGUAUGAUCCAGAAUAUGUCUUCUACGAUGUAAGGGGUGCUGUCCAAGGGAUUCAUUCUAACGGAUUGUUACAUAACAGUAUUAUGACCAAUAUUGAAAAAUAUUUAGAAAAGGGACCUAAGGUGAUGUCUAUCCUUGAAAAUCUGGUGAAGGCUGAUAAGAAACUGUUCCUGGUAACUAACAGUGGAUUCCCUUUUGUAGAUGCUGGUAUGACUUACAUGUUGGGAAGUGACUGGAGGGAUCUGUUUGAAGUUAUUAUCUGCAAUGCAAGGAAACCAAAAUUCUUCAAUGAAGCUUCAAGGCCAUUUAGAAUUUAUGAUCCUUCACUUGAAGUGGUGUCAUGGGACAGAGUAAAUACUCUUAUAAAAGGCAGGAUUUAUCAAGAGGGCAAUUUCUUUCAAUUAAGACAGAUGACAGGCUGGUAUGGAUCCAAAGUUUUAUAUUUUGGUGACCAUGUUUACAGUGAUUUAGCAGAUCCAUCCUUAAAGUAUGGCUGGAGAACAGGUGCAAUUAUUCCUGAAUUAGAGACAGAAAUAAAAAAGUCCAAUACUUUAGAGUUCCAGAUAGCUGUCCAUUGGUUGUGUUGUUUACAGGAUCUCAUAGAAGAAUCUCAGGAGGACAAAGACCCCAGUAUUACACAACUAAGAAAUGAAUGGUUAAAAGAAAGAGAUGAGUUAAGAGAUUAUACUAAAUCCUUGUUCAAUCCACAUUUUGGAAGUAUUUUUCGGACUUAUCACAAUCCAACAUACUUCAGUCGACGUUUGGCAAGAUUUGCAGAUAUAUACAUGUCAGACAUUACAGAUCUUCUUGAAUACUCUACAUGCCAUACCUUUUACCCAAGGAGAAUGGCACUACCUCAUGAACAUCCCCCAUAUGCUGAUUUAUAAUAAAAUCUUGGAAGAUAUAAUCUACUGUGAUAGCGUAGCGUUACAUUAUAGACAUGUGUGGUAAAACAUUGUAAUAUGUAGAAUAAUUAAUUCAUAAACUGUGUUAUGAUGAGCCAUUGUUAUGGUUUAUGCUGAUUAGUACAAUUUAUGUUGAGCCUGUUGCGAAAACGAGACAUAGCGAUCCUAGAUUCCGUCGUCAGUGAAAUCAACAUUUAGGUUCAGUCUGUGUUAAAUUUUUUUUAGACAUCAACAACUUUGUCAUUCCUAUUUUACUGAUAAAUGGACAUA